AUGUACUGCCACCACCUACUGUCAACCAAUCAUGUCAAUGCAGAGCUAUACAGAGUCCUCCAAGCUGUCCGAGCCCUCCGCAUUGUUAAAACAUUUGAGAGGCACACGGCGAUGCAGUACGAAGCUCGAUUUGGCCGUUGCAAGCCUCUGGUGGCCUUCCAUACGAAGCCUCUGGAGGCCUUCCAUACGAAGCCUCUGGAGGCCUUCCAUACGAAGCCUCUGGUGGCCUUCCAUACGAAGCCUCUGGUGGCCUUCCAUACGAAGCCUCUGGUGGCCUUCCAUACGAAGCCUCUGGUGGCCUUCCAUACGAAGCCUCUGGUGGCCUUCCAUACGAAGCCUCUGGUGGCCUUCCAUACGAAGCCUCUGGUGGCCUUCCAUACGAAGCCUCUGGAGGCCUUCCAUACGAAGCCUCUGGUGGCCUUCCAUACGAAGCCUCUGGUGGCCUUCCAUACGAAGCCUCUGGAGGCCUUCCAUACGAAGCCUCUGGUGGCCUUCCAUACGAAGCCUCUGGUGGCCUUCCAUACGAAGCCUCUGGUGGCCUUCCAUACGAAGCCUCUGGUGGCCUUCCAUACGAAGCCUCUGGAGGCCUUCCAUACGAAGCCUCUGGAGGCCUUCCAUACGAAGCCUCUGGUGGCCUUCCAUACGAAGCCUCUGGAGGCCUUCCAUACGAAGCCUCUGGAGGCCUUCCAUACGAAGCCUCUGGAGGCCUUCCAUACGAAGCCUCUGGAGGCCUUCCAUACGAAGCCUCUGGUGGCCUUCCAUACGAAGCCUCUGGAGGCCUUCCAUACGAAGCCUCUGGAGGCCUUCCAUACGAAGCCUCUGGAGGCCUUCCAUACGAAGCCUCUGGAGGCCUUCCAUACGAAGCCUCUGGAGGCCUUCCAUACGAAGCCUCUGGAGGCCUUCCAUACGAAGCCUCUGGAGGCCUUCCAUACGAAGCCUCUGGAGGCCUUCCAUACGAAGCCUCUGGAGGCCUUCCAUACGAAGCCUCUGGAGGCCUUCCAUACGAAGCCUCUGGAGGCCUUCCAUACGAAGCCUCUGGAGGCCUUCCAUACGAAGCCUCUGGAGGCCUUCCAUACGAAGCCUCUGGAGGCCUUCCAUACGAAGCCUCCAACCAACUUUUCAGAUUAA